AUGAUACGGUGUAUUCACCCUCCAAGCGGAUACCUGGCGCAACAGGUGUUGUUCCUUAUUGGAUACGAAGGUACAGAGGAAGUGGAGUCCAUGCUUUUGGAACUUUUCUCCCCUCUCUGUAUCUUGAUGCUGCUGGGAUGUGUGUCAACGUCCCAGGGCUUGGUGAAACCACACGCUUGUCCUCCAGUGGGACAGCAGCAGGGCUUCCCAAACUGCACAGUCCAAGCUGGGACAGCUUUCUACUUUCCACUCCCCCUGCCAGCCAUCCGGGGACCUUUACAGCACUAUCAGGUCUCUUUGGCCAAUGAUGAUGCAAUACCAAGGUGGUUGGCGUUCACCGAGAAGACUGGCGAGCUAUUUGGCUUGGCUCUGAGGGAAGAUUGUGGGCAGUACCCUCUUAAAGUGUCCGUCGCAGGCCACUGUGUAUCCAUGACCUACUUUCAUGUUCAUGUCCUUAAUGGAACAGUGGGAGAGGGGAGCCUACUCUCUACACACACAAAGGCCGGUCUCGUCUGCCCUGUGGGGGAGAAUGUCAUCUGGGCUGAUCUAUUGCUUCAGGUGGACCCUGGCAGUUUGGACGCAGACCAACGUGUACAGCUGACCAGCACAAUGGCUGACUAUCUGCGAAUGACUCCUGGCUCCGUCCACCUCCUCUCAUUGAGGGGCCCCACUGCACUGCAGAGAGAAAAAACCAGGGUGUGCAGGCAGGAUCCCCUGACUGCUGACACUACCCAGGGAAAGGGGCAAGGGACCUUGGGAAGAGGGCAGGCUGCCGAGCUCUUGUGGCCGGUCGGUUGUGGGGUGGGGGAGCAGUUAUCAGACUUAGCCCGGAUUUUGGAGCAUAGCACUGCCUCAGGUCGGCUGACCACCAUGUUGGGAGUCCCCAUACUAGGGUGGAGGGUUCUCUGCAAGGGGUUGCUUCCUAGGAUCAGGAGGGGCCUGCAACCUCUGCAUCAUACAGCCACCCCAACUGUAGUUCUCCCACCACCAACACAGGUGCCAGAGUCAGUCAGACUGAAGCUUUCACACAUACCUACUCCAGAGCCUUCUACUAGUUUGAUGAUGUCAUACCCCACAGCCAUUCUGGAGAGACACACUGGGGCCCAAAACCUAGAACUAACACAGGCCUCAAGUUACCCUCUAACAUCAUCUGCUGCUUGUGAGGGUGUUUUGCAAUCACCACCAUCUGGCACGAGAGACUAUUUGUUGUCCAUGCCUCUCAAACCAACCCUACUCCUCCCAGAGUGUUUCACACAAUCGCUGAAGAGGCAUACAUUUCACACAGCCACCAAAACUGAGAUGAUAUCAACUGUUAGUAUGUCCAGAGAAUCAAUCCACUCACAGCUAAUCGUGACAUCUUCAACUAAAUGUUUUCAGACACAGCAAACAUACACAUUCCCAUUCAGAGAACACAGACACGUUUCCAUGGACACACACACACAUAGCAAGGUCAAAAGGGCAGAGGGAGGGGAGUAA